AUGACUCAAUCUAGUAACUUUUUUCUUGUCUGUCACGCUUAUCUUCAGAUCGACAUUGAUCAUCAAAGAUCCGUCUUCCCCGAACUCGCAUUUCAACUGUCAGCCCACGCAUUUAGUUUGUAACACGAUGACCCCUAAAGUGAUCACCAUGCAAGUAUUAUUUCCCCUUUUGUUUGUAGAUUAGCAAGUCUUGAAAUUUAUGAUUAGUUGCAUGUCACAUGUUGGUCAGUAUGACACAAUUGGGAUGCUUAUGCGCAAAACCACUAGCUAUAUAUUCCUCCAACUCGACCCGGGAGUGAAUCGAUCAGGGUUUCCAUACAGCAUUCAUUCCUUGCCCUAUUAUCUCAUCCUCCCUCCGAGGUCCCCGUCACAAAAAGCUUGUACAGCAACUGUCUGAUACGAUUCCCCCGCCAUUCCCAACAUUUUUAUUCAUACAUCUUUAACUACGAUAAUCUUCCCUCCCAAAAUUAUCAAACUCCUUCCAAGCAACCUCAUAGCUUUUGAUAAUCCUUCCUCCGCCAUCUCUAAAGAUGUCUUCAACCGUGGCAGUUCAGCUACCCAACAAUGGCUUCGGUGGUCAAGAAUUGGAGAGAGUAUCAGACAACAUCGACGAAGUUAAUGUACUUGCGGCACAAAUACGAGAUAGCAAAGAUCCUGAGAAAGAGGCACUAUUUCGUCAGUAUGAAUCCGCUCAAGAUAGUGUGAAGGAAUUUUAUCUAAAGUAAGAACCAAUUCUGCUUUCCCAAUUUUACAUACAAUCUAACAGUGUGCCAGACAACACACGUAUCAAACUUAUGAUUUUAACAUAAAAGUUCGUCAAAAUGUUGAAAACAGAAAGAAGGUUGAGAUGUCGGUCUGGCAAGCAAUUUUGCAGCUUAACACGUAUACCGAUAAUUCAGACCCGGAUACCGCGCUAUCUCAGAUUGAGCACCUUUUACAGACGGCCGAGGCGAUGAAAAAAGAUGGAUGUCCACGCUGGAUGAUAUUGACUGGGCUCAUUCAUGAUCUCGGCAAAUUGCUGAGUUUCUUUGGAGCUUCGGAUCAGUGGGAAGUCGUCGGAGAUACUUUCCCAGUAGGCUGUGCAUUUGACAAAGACAUCAUCCUCUCCGAGACUUUCAAGAACAACCCUGAUUAUCAUAAUCCAAAAUACAACACCAAGUACGGAGUUUACUCUCCAAAUUGUGGAUUGGAUAACGUCAUGAUGUCAUAUGGUCAUGAUGAAUAUUUAUAUCAUGUUGUUAAGAAAUGGUCCACAUUGCCACAAGAAGCGCUUGAUAUGAUAAGAUACCAUUCAUUUUACGCAAUGCACAGCAAAGGCAGAUACAAGCAUCUGAUGAAUGAGGACGAUGAAAAAAGACUAGCCGCUGUGAAGAGGUUCAAUCCAUAUGACCUUUAUAGCAAGGCUGAUGCGCCUCCAAAUGUGGAAGAACUCAAGGUAUGAAUAUCCGCCAUUGCAUUACAAAUACAUAAGCUAACUUUUAAUAGCCGUAUUAUAUCGAACUGAUAAAUGAAUUCUUCCCACAGGAAAUUAUCGAAUGGUGAAGGAUCCGAAAGCAAAUUCACGGCGUUGGUAAUGAUACCAUAGGGCAAUGAUGGACUCGGUGGCGUCGGGCGUUCUGGCACAACAUAAAAUUUUGGACGAAUAUUUAGACAAUCAGCGACAACGUUACAUAAUUCGUAACCACAUAUAUCUGUGUAUUACCAUCUGUGUAUUACCUGAUCUGAAAUGUGAUGUGUACCACCUGUGCUUUGCUGUCUUUGCUACUGGAUACUUUCACUGACAUAGA